GGAUUAUAGCUUAAGGCAAGUAAUAAAAGUGCAAGGAGUGAGUGAUGCAGAUGAAAACUAAACUACAAUUUGAGUUUUGUUCAUGCAAAGACCAAAUUAAUUAAGUUUUGUUCUGUCCAUGUGGUUUGGUUGUAAAGAAGGGAUGCUUUGCUUGAUACUUUGAAAAACAAAAAACAAAAGUGCAUGAGUAUGUGAUGCUCAUUUUUCUAGUUUUUAGUUUUAUUCCACAAGCUUUGUUUUGAAAGUGUAAAACUUUGUUGUAGUAACCUAUAGACCUCACAAACCUCAACCUCCAUCCACUCUCACCUUUUUGUUUUGUCCAAGACAUUGCCUUUGGAGUUUGAGGUACUUUCCACAUUCCCUCCACUCUUUGUGCUUUCCAAGUUCUCUCCAAGAUUUCCUCAUUUUCUAGACUCUUGUCUCACGAUUUCUAGUCCUACAUAUAUACACAACUUAUCAUAAUGCCAUUCAAGAGUAUUGUAAAAGAGCUCAAGGAGAUGAAAGAGGGAAUUGGCAACAUGUAUAGAAGAGGUGUAGAAACUAAGCAUAUGCAUAGACAUGGAAAAUCUCACAUAGCACCAGAAUGUUCUUCACCAAUAUCACUAUCAGUACCAACAACACCAUCAUCGCUGUCAUCAUCAUCAUCAUCAUCAUCAUCACAGAGUCAAUGGGCUAAUUUACCUCCCGAGUUACUAUUAGACAUAAUUCAAAGGGUGGAAGCUAGUGAAACCUCUUGGCCAUCUCGCCGUGCACUUGUAGCUUGUGCCUCAGUUUGUAGAUUAUGGAGAGACAUAACAAAGGGUGUUGUGAAGACACUUGAACAGUGUGGUUGGAUCACUUUCCCUAUAUCACUGAAGCAGCCUGGUCCAAGAGACAAUCCAAUUCAGUGUUUUAUUAAGAGGGAAAGGGCUACUUCUACAUAUAGUUUAUAUCUUGGUCUAAGCCCUGCUCUUUCUGGUGAUAUGAGCAAACUUCUCUUGGCAGCAAAGAAGAUUAGAAGAGCAACAUGCACAGAAUUUUUAAUAUCAUUGGUUUCUGAUGAUUUCUCUAGAGCUAACAAUACUUACAUUGGAAAGUUAAGGUCUAAUUUUCUCGGCACCAAGUUCACAAUCUUAGAUGGUCAUCCUCCACAUGUGUCUUCGCUUCCAUCGAGUUGCAAGUUGCAACAAAAGGUUCAUAUGAAGCAAGUACUUCCAAGGGCUGCUCCUGCUCCUGCUAACUAUAAAGUAGCAACUGUAUCUUAUGAACUCAAUGUUCUUCGUACGAGAGGUCCAAGGCGAAUGCGGAGUACAAUGCACUUAAUCCCCAUAUCUUCAGUCCAAGAAGGAGGAACUGCUCCUACUCCUAUGGAAUUUACCAAUUGCCACAAUGAGCAUGAAUCUGCAAAAGAAAAGAAGCCAGAAGUUGUUGAAUUUGGCUCAACUUACACUGAUUUUGCAAGAGAGCCACUGAUUUUGAAAAACAAAGCACCAAGAUGGCAUGAACAACUGCAAUGUUGGUGUUUGAAUUUCAAGGGACGGGUUACGGUGGCUUCGGUGAAGAAUUUUCAGCUUGUAGCAGCUGCAGAACCUAGCCAAAACGUUUCGGCUGCAGAACAAGAAAAAGUUAUACUACAAUUUGGAAAAAUUGGGAAGGACAUAUUCACCAUGGACUAUCGAUAUCCUCUCUCCGCUUUUCAAGCCUUUGCAAUCUGUUUGAGCAGCUUUGACACAAAACCAGCUUGUGAAUGAUAACUCCUUUGAAAUCUUCUUUGAUAUCAAAAUGUACAUAUUUCCUUAAGAAAAUGGUGCACAAAAUAACUGUCAUUUUUCACCCUGCAGGCCCAAGUUUGUGUAAUGCUAGAUGUUUAGGAUUAAUGUUUAAUGUGCAAUGAAGUUUGUUAAUUUCCUCAAGCAUAUAUUUUCUUGUAAUGUAAAUGAGCAAUUAAAAAUAAAAAUGACAUUGCACAU